UGGUUUGUAGCAACUUUUGUUGAAAAUGUCGAGAUGAGGAGUAGAAGAUGGGGUGCGUCUUCGGAAGACAGGUAUCGGCGAAGCCGGUAGUGAGGGAGGAGUCAGAUGUGGUGGUUAGGGUUGGUAAGAAAGCGGAAAGUGGUGAAGUGGGGAAUGGAGGGAAUCUGAGGGAGAGUGAGAAGAAGGAGGAGGAGAGGAAUGUGCGGUCCAGAGGUGAGAGGGGAGAGAGAAGGUGCUCUUCGAGGCCAAAUCCGAGGCUGAGCAACCUCCCGAAGCACGUUCAAGGAGAGCAGGUCGCUGCUGGCUGGCCUUCAUGGCUCUCAGCCGUCGCCGGAGAAGCUAUCAAUGGCUGGACUCCCCGCCGGGCUGACACCUUUGAGAAGCUCGAUAAGAUUGGGCAAGGUACAUACAGUAAUGUGUACAAAGCUAGGGAUUCGUUGACUGGGAAAAUUGUUGCACUGAAGAAGGUUCGGUUUGAUAAUUUAGAGCCAGAGAGUGUCAAGUUCAUGGCAAGAGAGAUUUUGAUUCUGCGGUGUUUGGAUCAUCCCAAUGUUGUCAAAUUGGAAGGUUUGGCGACUUCAAGGAUGUCAUGUAGCUUGUACCUUGUAUUUGAAUACAUGGAGCAUGAUUUGGCUGGACUCGCUGCGAGCCCAGGAAUUAGGUUCACAGAGCCACAGGUCAAAUGUUAUAUGCUCCAGCUCUUAUCUGGGCUUGAACAUUGUCACAACCGCCAUGUGCUGCAUCGUGACAUUAAGGGAUCAAAUCUUCUUAUUGACAAUGGUGGAAUUCUUAAGAUAGCUGAUUUUGGGUUGGCAUUUUUUGAUCCCAAUCACAAGCAGCCUAUGACUAGUAGAGUGGUCACUCUAUGGUAUCGACCCCCAGAGCUUCUCCUUGGGGCCACUGAUUAUGGUGUUGGUGUGGACCUUUGGAGUGCUGGUUGUAUACUAGCUGAGCUAUUGGCUGGAAAACCUAUCAUGCCUGGUCGAACAGAGGUGGAGCAACUCCACAAGAUAUUUAAAUUAUGUGGAUCUCCUUCUGAUGAGUAUUGGAAAAAGUCAAAACUACCGCAUGCAACCAUAUUUAAGCCCCAGCAAUCAUAUAAGAGAUGUAUAGCAGAUACUUUUAAUGAUUUUCCACCAUCAUCAUUGCCACUAAUUGAAACCCUUCUUGCAAUUGACCCAGCAGAAAGAGGAACUGCUACUGAUGCAUUGAGGAGCGAAUUCAUUACAACAGAGCCUUAUGCUUGUGAGCCUUCUAGUCUUCCGAAAUAUCCCCCCUGCAAGGAGGAUGCUAAAUUAAGGGAUGAAGAAGCAAGAAGGUGA